CUUUGAUUAGCUUGUCCUUUGGAGGAGCAAUUGGGCUGAUGUUUUUGAUGCUUGGAUGUGCCCUUCCAAUAUACAACCAAUACUGGCCCCUCUUUGUCCUGUUUUUUUACGUCCUUUCACCUAUUCCAUACUGCAUAGCAAGAAGAUUAGUGGAUGACACAGAUGCUAUGAGUAAUGCUUGUAAGGAACUUGCAAUAUUUCUCACAACCGGCAUCGUUGUCUCUGCUUUUGGACUCCCCAUUGUAUUUGCCAGAGCACAUCUGAUUGAGUGGGGAGCUUGUGCACUUGUUCUCACAGGAAACACGGUCAUCUUCGCAACGAUACUAGGCUUUUUCUUGGUCUUCGGAAGCAAUGAUGAUUUCAGCUGGCAGCAGUGGUAAAAGGAAGUUACUGAACUAUUGUCAAAUGGACUUCUUGUCACCUGUUGACCACCCGUGCAUACAAGAAAUGGGGCAGUAAUGAUACAUGAUGUAGCAAGCCUCUUGGGGGUAUCCUAGGUGCUCCCUUGACACUUUUAUUGUACGCAUAUUUUUUUCACAGAGACUUGCUGGUGGAUUAAAAGGAUUUUCUGUCUUGGAAAAGCUUGAGUGAUUUCACACUUAUCUAUAGUAUGCUUUUUGUGGUGUCCUGCUGUAUUUAAAUAUUUGUAUGUUUUUCUUGUUUGGCUUUUUUUUUUUAAUCAAAUGCAAUGUUAAGUAUUUUUUAAAUGUGAUAACUAUUUGCAUUGGUUAGGAAUUCAGACUUCCUCUGCCUAUAUUACUGGGCUAAGGUAUUUUUUUCUUAGUUGAUCCUCAUUAUUAUAAAAAAUUUAAAAAGUAAGUUUUCAGGAUGAUAUUGCUCCCACUUUUAUGCAAACACGCAGACUAUUGGCAUACCUUAUAGACUAUCUACUCAAUGCAAAUAUAGCUGCAUUUAUACCUCAGAGGGGCCAAGUGUAAUGCCCAUGCCCUCCAUAAGGGUUGCUGGUUUUACUAUAGACUGAUGUUUUGUGAAUUGAAAAUUAUUUUGUGGCAUUGUUACAAAGGAGUGCUUUUCUUCUCAACUGUUAGAGGAAUUUAUGUUAAACUUUAAGGUAAGGAUGUAAAAACAGAUUUUUGAGAUGCCAUUAUUUAUGUUUAUUAUAGUCAAAGUAGAGUGAGUUGCAGUGUGGGGGAAAAAUGUUGAAAUUCCAUUGUUUGAAUGCUUUUUCUAUUUAUAAGUGAAAUUUUUGAUUGGCUUUUUGUGUUUUAUCUUGGGUAAAGUGGACAUACACGGAACUACUGAUGAGGGAAAGAGGCAUGUUUGCAUCAUAUAUACCAGAAAACCUUCCUCUGCUUCCUCCUUUUAACUUAUUUUGUACAUUGUAUAUAUUAAGUAAAAGAACUUUUCAAAUACAGUUUAAUAACACUUAGAAAUGUUUAACUCAUCUGGAAAAUAAUUGCUAUCCCAUACAUUAAGUGCCCCCCACUUCAUAAGGCCUUGCCAUGAUUAACAAGUGACUUGUUAGUCUUGCAAAUAAUCUGUGCGUUAACAAUUUAAGAUUUAGACCAUGAUAAGAGUAGUUCUUAUUCUUAGGUUAUAUCAUGUAAUUUUAAAGUACUUAAGACAUAUUUCCUGUAUUUGUUUGAUCCCAUGAUAAUAGAUCUGCUAUUUCCUUAUGAAAGACACUUAUCAUAUGAAUUAAUACAGAGUAGCCAAAUCUAGCUGUAUAGCAGCUUCAGGUACAGACUUGACCAAAAAAUUCCCAGUAACCAGGCAUGAUCAAAAUGUAGUGGCCAUUUACAUCUUAUGAUUAUCAGUACCUUUUUUAGGAGCUGGUUAUGAAAAUUUUCAAUUCGAUCUGACAGUAUUUUGUUAAGGAUAUUUGUAUGUCUCUUCAGAAUAUUUAUAUAAAAAUUGUUUUGCCUUCAGUCAAAACUAAGUAAUCAUGACAGGUGUCUUUUUUGUUUUAAGUUUAUUUCUCAAGAAAAUGGGAAUAAAUUCUGAGUUGUUCAGCGUUUUACUAAAGAUGCCUAAAGCGGCAGGUUUUUGUGUUUUUUGUUUCCUGACCCAACUUUUGUUUCUUUUGGCUAUAAGACGGGAAGCAGUGUGGAAUUUCUGCUUGUGGUUAUGGCAUUUGCCCAUUAGGCUGGAAAUGGCUUGCCAUGUAAUAAUGUUCUAGCCCUCAAGAGGAAGGUACUACAAGUGUGCAUGAAUUAGCUGGUGAUACAGUUGGAACUCUUUGUGCCUGUGGUCUGCUGGUUUUGUUUUGUUUUUUUUUUUUUUUAGAAAAUGCAUCCUCUGGUUCUUCCCAUUUUCUGUUCCUCUAGAAUGUCAGUGCAGUGCACUGCUUUUUAUUCACUUGGCCAUAGACUAUUUUUUUCAUAACACCUGCAUAUUCUUUCUGUAUACUAAUUGCAUUGGCAGCAUUGUGUCUUUGACCUUGCACACUAGCUUGACACACUUGCUGUCUCUGAUUUCUAGGCUAGUUACUUAAGAUAUGAAGUUUCCAUAGAAUAUGCACUGACACAACAUUGCCAUUCUUCUAUGGAAAGAAAACUUUUGAUGAUAAAAUAAUAAAGAUUUUAAAUUACG